AUGCACUUUCGUUUGCUAAAAGGUGGAAGGAGUGGAAAGUUUUGCCAGUCGUGCUGCUGGCUUCACGGAUUUGCCACCCCGUGCCCUUUCCGCGCUGCAGUGUGGAUGAAUGAGUGCCGGGACUGCGGCGGGAAAGGGCCCGUUUGGGGCGGCCCCGAGCUCCCGGCAAAGGCUCCGCGCCUCAGCCGCGGGGCCGGCAGCGGCCACGGAGCUCCCGUGAGGGGAACGCCCGGCCCGCGGGCGCGCGCGCGGCGGGACUGGGUGCCGGCGGUGCGGGCGGGCCCGCCGCGGUGCGCGCGGUGCGGGCGGGCGCUGCUGCUGCUGGUGCAGCUGUACUGCCCGCUGGAGCGCGGCCCCGCGCACCGCGCGCUCCACGUGUUCGCCUGCGCCGCGCCGCGCUGCUGGGGAGCGGCCUGCAGCUGGAAGGUGCUGCGCUCCCAGUGCUCGCAGGCCCCGGAUAAACAAAGCCGAGAUGUCGGCGUCAGACAGAAGCAAGAACCGAACUUUGCUGCAAAGGAUUGGUGUGAAGAUGCAGAUGACUGGGGGGCCUGUGAUGGAGCAGAGCCUCCUGCAUGUGCCUCCCUUGAGCUGCUUGGCCUAAAGGAAGCUGUGAGCAGCGAGGGGGAGUGUGCAUCCCAGCUCCAGCAGCUCCGCCUGUCUGAGCCUGCCCAUGGCCCAGCUGCCCAGGACACACAUCCUGCAGCCAGUGAAGAAAUGCAGAUGGCAGUGGCUGGUUCAGCUCCAGUGUUCCAGCCCUUCUACAUUAAUGUUGUGGAUGAGGAAGACUACAUGGGUUUCCUUGAUACAGAUCAUGCAGAUAAGCUACUGAAGGAGUAUCAGCAGAGAGAGUGCGUUGACUUGGAACAGAUGAUGUUGGAAAGUUUUGCAGGUGAAGAUGGUAAUGAAAAAUAUGAGAAGAGUGAAGUCAAAGGCUGGGACCACACCUUCCAUAAAUUCAUGAAAAGAAUAUCUAUGUGUCCUGAACAGAUUCUAAGAUACUCUUGGGGUGGCCAGCCUUUAUUCAUCACGUGUCCUGCAGCCAGCGUGGAGCAGGCUAUUCCAGCCUGCAGUAACUGUGGAAGCAGCAGAGUGUUUGAGUUCCAGCUGAUGCCCACGCUGGUCAGCGUGCUCCAGAGUGACUCAGAUCUGUCAGUGGAAUUUGGAACUGUUCUAGUUUACACAUGUGAGAGAAGCUGUUGGCCGACAAACCAUCAAACUCCUCUUGAAGAAUUUGUUUUUGUACAAGAAGACCCAGAUCAGAGAUUAUUUAAAUAAAUUGUAUUUCUCUGCAUCAAUGAAAAGCCUG